UUAUGUACCAUACAACUUCGAUUGUAUAGAUUACAAAGCGUAACCUUACCCGCCAUCAAAUUCAACAUCUUUGUUCAAGGAAAUGAUCAUAGUGUCCUCUACUUCUUGGGACACGAUCCUGUUCUUGAUCAAUACAAAGUAGUUUGUAAUUUUGUGUCAUCAUCUUCACAAGAUUUGGACAUGAUAAACUUGGAGCAUUGGGUCUUCGUACUAGAAGUUGGAGAUUCUUGGAAAAGAAUAGAGUUUGAUCAACCUCAUAUAUCUACAAGACCUGGACUGUGCAUCGGUGGAGUUAUAUAUUAUCUUGCUUUCACUAGUAUGUUUGAGGAUAUCGUUGUCAGCUUUGACGUUAGAUCUGAAGAAUUUAACAUAAUCCAAGCGCCUCUUGUGGUGUCUGCAUAUGUUGGCUCUCUGGGUUUUAUAGAGUAUGGUGGGAAACCAGCUAUUUUUUAUCAUACUAGUCUUAAAGAAAACGGUUUGGUGGACUUAUGGGUCUGAAAUGCUGGAAACUGGUCGAGGAAAGCUUUGAGUUUGCAGCCUUCUCAGCCUUUAGUUGAUAACGACAUUCUAUUGACGGUAGAAGAUACAACUCAAAACGGCGAGGUUAUCUUGGUACCAAGUGAGUUGUUCCCCUUUUACAUUCUCUAUUAUGAUAUACUGAAGAAUGAUUGGAGGAAGGUUGAAAUCAAAGGAAUGCCGGACCAUAAGAAGGUUGGGAUCAAAGGAAUACCGGACUUUGGUUUCAAACUUAUGGAUAACAGUGAAAGCAUCAUCCACUUGGAAACUUGA